UCUUUGUACCUAUGAUUGAAAACGGUAGUUGGUCUAUGGCUUUUGAGGAGAGGGAGAACCGGAGAUUACAGGAGGCCAGCAUGAGGUUGGAACAAGAGAAUGAUGACCUCGCCCAUGAACUUGUAACCAGCAAGAUUGCUCUGCGGAAUGACUUGGAUCAGGCCGAAGACAAGGCAGACGUGUUGAAUAAGGAGCUCCUGUUGACCAAACAGAGGCUAGUGGAGACGGAGGAAGAGAAGAGGAAGCAGGAGGAAGAGACUGCUCAGCUAAAAGAAGUCUUCAGGAAACAGCUAGAGAAGGCAGAAUAUGAAAUAAAGAAGACUACAGCUAUCAUUGCCGAGUACAAACAGAUCUGUUCCCAGUUGAGCACCAGACUGGAGAAGCAGCAAGCAGCCAGCAAGGAGGAGCUGGAGGUGGUAAAGGGUAAAAUGAUGGCCUGUAAGCACUGCAGUGACAUUUUCAGCAAGGAGGGCGCUUUGAAGCCAGCAGCCAUAAGCAGAGAGGACCAGGGGAUUGAAUCAGAUGAUGAGAAGGACUCACUUAAGAAGCAGCUGAGGGAGAUGGAGCUGGAAUUGGCACAAACCAAACUGCAGCUGGUGGAGGCCAAGUGUAAAAUUCAGGAACUUGAACAUCAGAGAGGGGCCCUCAUGAAUGAAAUCCAAGCUGCGAAAAACUCUUGGUUUAGCAAAACCCUGAACUCUAUCAAAACAGCCACGGGCACCCAGCCGCUGCAGCCGCCACAGGGCACCCAGCCACCCAAAGAGAGCACAUAGUUCCUGCCUCAGCCCAGCACAAGAGCACAACGAUCAAAGCGAUGGAGACCCCGAGGACUCUCCCAGGUGCCCCUUUGAAGAAAGAAAGUAAAGGAGGCCAGGAAGCAAGCCCGCUCUUUCAGUGGCUCUCACUCUUCCUUGUUUGCCACUUUCAAAGGGAUAUUAUUGAAACUGACCUGCUUUAUGUUGAAUACCUGUUUUCGAGCUUCUUGGAAGGCCAUGUUCAGAUCCAUCCUAGUAUUACCCAUUACUUUACAUGCCUGCUAUUUAGUUGGAAAUCAGUAAUUCAGAACUACAUGCUUUUUUUAUUGAGAACUAACUGUUCAUAUUGUUUAUCUUACAUAAAAAUGGAGAUGUCUUUUAUUCCAAGGUUGAAGUGAUAAGACGAUAUUUGCCACACAAAAAGAAAUUGAAAUCUAAAACUCUUAGCUUUUCAGGAUUUAUUCAGGUAAAGCACACUGUGGGGCUAGUCAGGACCACUGUCAGGCUUCCUCCUGAAAGUGAUGUCCUGGAGAGCAGUGCCCUGUCGGAGGGAAGGACAGACCUGGGAUUGAACAGUCCCUAAAGCAAGUUAGUUUUAUUUCAUUUUAUGUUGGGUGCAUCUGGAAAGGAAGUGCCAAGAACCAUAGGAUAAGUUAGGCCGUUGAGAAGUCACACUAGAGAAAAGGAACUGAGAUUUCGAUAAACACAGGAAGAAAUAAAUAACUUUGACCCUGGUGUUCUAACAGAUCCUUUUAAGAACUCCCCACAGGAAUUGCAAGGUCCUAAAUAUGAACACAGUUGUGCGUGCUGGCAAACGUCAAGUCGAAGUGGACAUUGCGAGUUGUAGCCUUAGGAAACCUUCACCAGAGAAGCCUAGAAAGAUCUAGGUUUAGCCACUGUGUUCUGAAACAGGGACAGAGAAUGUCAUUUAAUGUUGACAUAUGCUUGCUAAGGAAACACUAACAUACUGUAACUUUGUCAAAGUUAUGAAAUGGGGAAAUGGAGGUCAGCUUCACAUCAUCUUAGUUUAAUCUUAGGCAGUUUUUAUUUCUAUAGCUCCCCAAAAAUGUGCCCUUGGUACUCCUAGAUGAGGCUGCAAAUGCAUUUGUAACAUUUUUGAUUGAAUAUGAAACCUUUAUAGAAAUACUUAUCUCAUGGAAAGGUAAAGAAAACUAUUGUUUAAAAGUUGAUGGAAAUAUUUUUUCUAUUAUAUUUAACAUGUAUAUAUCAAUAGUCCUCACAGGAAAUCCUUUGGUAAGGGCAAAACAAAUUUUACCAUUUCCUAAGCUUUUUUGGCAGCUUUUGGUCUUUUCCACCAACCCAACUACUGUCAGUAACAUUUACUGACACUCAUCCUUGGCUUCCUCGUUGAACAUAUUCUUUGCAAAUGAUCUUAACCUCUAUAUUGCCAGAGUGAUUCUCAUCUGUGCCAUAUGGUGCAAUUAAAAUUAACACACUCCUGGAGAUAAAGAUCAAGUAACAGUCAUCUUGACCAGGAGCACACACUACAAUUUGCUUCCCUCUAAAAUGGUCAUUAAACUCUAAAAAGUGAAGUCCCUUCCUCAGUGUUUAUAGGCUUGUUACAUUCAUGAAAUAAUACUUUCUUACAGCAUUUCUUGUUUUGGUCCUGACAUCUUUCAUCAUUAUAUUCAUUUCCUUUUACCAAAAAUGAAAAUAAGCCAGCAUUCCAGUGUCUAUGUUGACUUUAACAUUCCCUACAUAGUGGUUUAGAAAACUUAAUAUUUUUAUUUUUUAUUUUUGUAAAAUAUAAUGGCUAGAGAAUUGCAUAUUGGUACUUGUUUCUGUAAAUCAUUUAGUAUAAUUUGUUAGCUUUAUUGAUACUUUAUGCUUUGAUACCAAGAAGCCUUGUACAAGUUGCCUUAUCAAAUGGCCAGCUAAAUUAAAGAUGUUCUUUUCUGUUUUGUGAAUCUUGUGGAUCUACUAUACAGAGCUUUUUUAACUUCCAAAAAUUGGCACAUUCCACAGAAUGACUAAAUUGCAUAAUUUUCCUUAAAUAGUAGUUGAGGGAGAAAUAGAAUGGUUCUAGGUCCAGUCUUUAUCUGUAAACUUGGUCAAAUUUCAUUUUUUUCUUUAAACAAAAUCACCAGGUAUAUACAUUCCAAAUGUUUAAUAAAUCAAUCUUUUGCAUUUUCUUUUUAAAGAUUAUAAUGGUAAUCUACAGAUUUUUUUUCUUUUCCAGUUCCAUAUCAUAUUUGAGUAUGUUUUGGUACCAUAAGUUUAAACCUUUUCACUGCAAUGCCUUUGGGUCAGUAGCAAUAGUAAAGAUAGAAAGAAAGAAAAUUCAAAAUAUGGCAUAUGAUAUGAUUAUUCAAACAAUGUUAUAACAGCAUUAUCCCAAACCACAUGUCCUUCACCGUCUGUUGUUUAAAACUCAUGCAUCCUAGGAUUAACUGCUAGUUUUAAUUUCACUUAUUUUGAAGUAUAUUUGAGAAUUGCUACUCUUCUCUUGAUUCCUUUAGAAAGAGAUUAACUAGCCCAAAUAUCAAAAAAAUUUUCAGAUAUUAUAGUGUGUUCUUCAUCUUUUCCUAGAACACAUUAUCUAAAACAUUCCUCCAGAAUCUAACAUAUGCAACAUUCUGAAAAGUGAUUACUUCUCUUUUCAUUAAAUUCUGCAAAAUAAAUGAAGGGAAUGAACUUCAACUUGAUUAUUUAAUUCAGUAGCUUUUAUAUCUUGAAAAUCUUAUUUAACAUGUAUUUUAAAGCUGAAAGAAACCAAGCUGAAUUUUGCAGUGCAUAAUUUGCUAACUACCCACAUUCUGAGCCAUGGCACAAUUUGGUUAUAUUUAGUUACAUAUAAUUAAAUGCAAAAAAACCCACAAAAACAAACAAACUCUGUUACCUAAUGUUCUGUAUAUGAGAGCCUUUCAGAAACACUGAUAGGAAUACCAUACAGGCCUAUGGUCUAUAUUAACAUACAGCCAAUAUCUGUAUUCCCCUCUCCUGGCUAUUAAGUUGGCAGUUUCUUCUACAUUGACUUUCUUAAACUUCCAUAGUAAAAUAGAAAAGCAGUCUUUGUACUAAUGUCGGGAUAUUUAAUCGUAUUUGUCUUGGUUCAUUUAUUCAACGUUUUCAUUCUUUCAUACUAUAUAUUAUUUAUUUUUCUCAAUCACCUACUCUAUUUUCUUAAACUACUUUCCAGUUAAUAACUAGUGGCUUCAUUUCCCAGCCAAAGUGAGUAAAACAAGAGAAUACACAAGAGGUGAGGAAUCCUUAAAAGGGUUGAUUAGGUACUGCAGAUGAGAAUCACAUGUAACUGAGGUAAGGGGCUGUUUUCUUUUUUUUUUAGCUGAAAUCACUCUACUAACUAUUCUGCUAAGGUGGGUGUCUGAUUUCAGGACCCCUUGAAGGGACAAAGGAGCUUUUAAAAAAUUAAAUACCUUGUUUGUUUUAUCUCUCUUGAAAAGAACACUUAAUAAGAUGAUUCUGUAGUAUAACUUUUAAAAACAAUACUUACAAAAGCUCUGAUUCUCUUGCUUCCGUUAUAAAUAAAUGAGAGAAUGGACAAACUAUUGUUUGAUUUGAACAGUUAGACUUGUGUGUGUAAAAUUUUAUAGAGUGUUUCUGACUCUUGUAUACCCAGGUACCAUGCACCUGCAUACAUACAUGGCAAUUGAAUACAGAAGGGCUGGCUGGUAACGGCUCAAUGGCCUGUUAACUACCGGGUAUAAAGCUCUUGCCCUCGAGUUGGAGUUGCCAGGCUCAUGGUCACACUGAACUAGAACUGCUCCAAAACAUCCUUCCUCUCUCAUAGUGGCUUCUGUACAAUAAAGGCAAAGCCCUUUACCUUAGGAAUUCCUUGUCUUUCAAAAGCUACCAAAAUGAAUACUUCAUUGGGGGCUGCACCUCAAUAGGAGAUGAUCUUGAGUUGUAAUGAGAAAGUGGAUGUUUACAAGUAUGGAGUGACUCCAGUCAGUGGUCAGGAGUCCCCUUCUCAAUUUCCAUCUAAAAGACUACAUGUCCAGCUUAUCUCCAAAUGAAUUUGUUACCUGCUGUACAAACAUCUUCAUCAACAUGUCCCAUUUUCCCCACCUCCAUCCCAGGUUUACCAUCAGUUGUAUUCUGAAAAACUUAAGAAAAAAGAAUCACUGAGUAGAAAAUGAACAUUUUAAGUUCCUUUUGUUUUCAUUGGCAGUAAGUUAACAUGUAAAAUCUUUUCCAUUGUAACAUAAGUAUAUAUUAUAUAUGGAAUAAAAUAUAGGAAACUGAAUUAUAAGACUAUAAAUGCAUCAAGACUCUGGUGUCAUGAAAGCACAAGAAUAAAGCUGGAGAUGGUCCCAGAAUCCAAGAUGUCUCAAUAGCCUUUUACAUCAGUUUCUCUAUUUUUGGUAUUUUGCAUAAUAUAUGGAUCCUUAAUUCAAAUGAAAGAAAAGAGUUUCUCAGUCAGCCCCACUUCCUUUCUUUCAACUCCUACUUUUCCCUUGCUGAGGAGGUAGUAGAAAUUAUGUAACAUCUAUUUUCAGGAAUAGUAUGAUUUUUGUCUGUGGUUUCUCUAAUGAAAACGGGUUCUGGGAUAAAGGAGUCGAUUGGCCCCGACAGUGCUAAUUGACUACAAAAGAAAUAAUAGUGAGCAGCCUCUCUCCUCUAUAAACACUGACCAAUUAGAUGUUUCCAUAAUUCCAUGUAUUAUGCAUAGUACACUCCAUAAAUGUAAAUGUAAUGCUUGUUAAGAAAAGUGCAAUUUAUUGUACAUUGUCCCCAAAAUGUUUACUUUUAUAAUCGUUAUGAACUUGAAUUGGAUUAGUAGCUUGUUUCCAUGUGUGAAUGGAGCCUUGUGAAAUAAACAAAUGCAACCCAGAAGGUAACA